CGAUAAGCGAUAACUGGCCGCACAGUUGGCGUAUAAGUUGUCGUCGGCGGACACAGGAACAGUUUUUAAUAGUGAUAACUUGUGAUAUUUUAGUGUAUUAAUAUCUCAUUUAAAAUGGUUUCCGUUCAGACUAUAGCGACUAUAGUCGUGAAGACAUUCAAAAUUGUCUUGAACAUUAUAAUCUUAGUGCUCUACCGCACCGGUUACAAUGGAGAGUUCCUGGGGGUCGGAGGAACUUGGAACCUGAACGAGGAGAAGAAUCCUGACGCGGAGAUCGUUGCCUCAGGAGUAAUCGUGGGCUACCUCAUUUAUACGCUAGUGCAGAUCGUCACAUUCUUGUUUGGUACCACGGAGCACAAACGCGCUUUGUCUGAGAUCGUGAUGAACUUCGUCGGAGUGUUCCUAUGGAUUGCGGUGGGCGCUGUGGCAUUACACUACUGGGGAGGAUACCAGGGCGAGCACCAGUUCCAGUUUGUCUUCGCUGAGAAACAGGUUGGCCUGGCCGUCGGAGCUCUAUGCGUCAUAAAUGGAGCCAUAUAUUUAUUGGACACGGCACUUUCUGUCAUACAUUUCACAAAGGAAAUGUAUAAGAAGACACAAAACGUGGAGCUUCUAUACGAGAAUCUUGUGACCAUAUCGCCUAGUCUGAAGGAAUUUCUCAGCGAGGUGGACUUCGAAGCUGACAAAAUUGCUCCAUUAACGGAUAACGUUCCGGAGUACGGCGGCGGAGCUCGUGUGGUGUGGGCCAUGACAGCCGGAGACAGAGAGGUGGAGGCCCAGGCGAAGAAGGGCGAGGAUGGAGGCGCAAGCGACCGUGACAGCCGCGCCGCUACCGCACUCAAGCAGUACUGGUGCAUAGGACUCAGGAUUAUUGAACUGAUAAUCGCCAUUAUCGCGAUCGGUCUGAUAGUGAGCCCUCUGUACUCUCAGCAUGUGGUCCAAUCUGAUCUGCGUCACAUCGCGCUCAUAUACUCCGCUUAUUCGAGUUUCAUAAUAAUAACGAGCGUUUUAAUAAUCGCCCGCUUGUUUGGCGAGACGGUCGGCUGGAGGACUUCUAUGGCGUUUUCCAUACUUGGCGCCAUUAUGUUCACGGCAGCCGCCGCGGUUAUAUUCUAUGACUGGCACAAAUCUUACUACGCGAACCUACGUCCGAACAAACAGACUUACGACCUCCUAAUCUCCUCUGGAGUGUUUGCUGUCAUCAACGUGCUCGUUUUCAUCAUCCACGCUGUAUUAACUUUCAGAAAGGAAGCCGACUAUUGAACUAAUUUCACGAACAGUUAACUAAUUUUUAAGACCGAAUGAUUGUUAAAUCUUUUGCCUAUCUUAUCCGUAAAAUUAUCUUAUAGAGAUUUCCAUAGUUUCAUUUUCUUAUAUUUUAAAAUAGUUGUUUGCUUUAUUAAUUAUUGAGUAAAUUAUAUUUUGUAUAAUUUAAUAUUUUUUUCGAUAGGUAUAUCCUUAUUUUUUUAUUGAACGUAGAGUUACUUUAAAUAAUGGCAUUCAAUAAAAUAUAGUUCUUGUCUCCUGUAAAACGAUUCGUGGUGCAUCUCACAUUCGUGGUUUUAGGUUAGAGAUAUUACCUUAUAAGGUAAGUAUGUAAUGGGUACUGCAUUAUUUGUAUUAUUUAUGCAUUAAUGUUUUAAAAUUAGAAUGAUUAAAUUAUUAUUAAUCUAUUAUCUAUUAAUCUAUUUAAUUUAGUAUAGGUACGUAGAUUAAAUUGUUAACAUACUUGAAUUGAAGUUGCCCACAGAUGUAGCUAUUCAAAUUAUUACUGGGGGACAUUUUUUGGGUGACAUUUUGACAACUGUCAUUGUUGUCAAGUUUUGUUACGUCAAGUAUUUUUCUACACUUCGGAAUUUACAAUGACAAUAACUUUAACGACGUUAUUAUUCGGCAAUUCGGCAGCUACAUUUUAUUGCUAAAUUCGGCAGCUAUAUUUUAAAAAAAAUCCGCAGCUACAUUUUAGUAUAGUUAUAAACAUAGCAGCUAUAUUUUAUGAAAAAAUUCGGCAGUUAAAUUUUUUUUUAGAAUUCAGCAGCUACAUUUUAUUGCUAAAUUCGAGAGCUAUAUUUAAAAAAAAAAUGCAUCUACAUUUUAUUAUAGUUCUAUAACUAUAUUUUAGUUAUAUUUUAUUUCAAAAUUUGGCAGUUACGUUUUAUUUUAGAAUUCGGCAGCUACAUUUUAUUUCUAAAUUCGGCAGCUAUAUUUAAAAAAAAAAUCCGCAGCUACAUUUUAUUACAGGUCAAAAUAUAGCAGCGAUAUUUUAUUUAAAAAUACGGUAGUUACAUUUUAUUGUAGAAUUCAGUAGCUACAUUUUAUUGUUAAAUUCGACAGCUAUAUUUUUUUAAAAAAUCCGCGGCUACAUUUAAUUUUUAAUUUCGGCAUCUACAUUUUAACAUUGAAUUUGGUAUCUGAAUUUUAGUUUUAAAUUCUGCAGAUAUAUUUUACAUAUAAAUUUAGCAGCUAUAUUUUAUUUUUAAAUUCAUUUAGUGAUUGCCUAUUUAUGAUUAAAAAAAACUAAGUAUUUAUAUACGACGCAAACAAAAUAAACCUAAAGUUUCCAUUCUUUUUAAGUUAAAAAUUGUUACUAAAAAGGUGCCUUACUAGGCUAUUUUUUUCAUAAAUACCUAAUCAUUAAGUUUCAAUGUAGAUUUUCAAAGUGAUCGAUUCAAAGCAAUCAUAUAAUGAGACAAAUUAAACUAUUUUUCAUAUUGUGCUCUAAAAUGGCAAUUUGACGCAGCUAUGCACAGCUAUUUUUAUAAAGAAUGAAACUUAGCUAGGUUGGCUAAACCAAGGAAUGUAAUUUGACCGUGACCUUCGUUGUAUUUCUGUUGGAAUUUAACCAAACGCAUGUGUUUUGAUAAAUAAUAAUAAUGAAUAUGCAGCUUGAAUAUGCAGUUACUGAAAUGGUAGCUAUAGACAUCAUUUUUUACUGGUGGUAGGACCUCUUGUGAGUCCGCACGGGUAGGUACCACCACCCUGCCUAUUUCUGCCGUGAAGCAGUAAUGCGUUCCGGUUUGAAGGGUGGGGCAGCCGUUGUGACUAUACUGAGACCUUAGAACUUAUAUCUCAAGGUGGGUGGCGCAUUUACGUUGUAGAUGUAUAUGGGCUCCAGUGACCAGUUAACAACAGGCGGGCUGUGAGCUCGUCCACCCAUUUAAGCAAUAAAUAAAAUCCAGUUUUAAAUUAAUUGACAUUUAAAUAUAUUUAAGCUAUUUUAAUAAUGAUUCUCUUUUUAGAAGAGCUAAUAGGCAGCAGCAAAAAGGGCAGCUAUUUUCAAAUUACUUAUCAGUAUUUAAUUUUUGUGUUUUUCUAUGGUAGCUAUAUAUAUAGUAUUUACACGGCACUUUUUAGCCAAUUAUACUAUCAUUUCGUAUUUCGUUUUAAUGUCUUCUUAAAUUAACGUUUUUUUAAUAAAAUAAUAACUAGGUACUACAUUUUCUUACACGCCACAAUGUUUAGUUAACUUUAUUUUAUUAAGAGCAAAACCACAAUCCAUUAGGAAUAUAAUUAAAGGUGCGUGGCGCAUUUACGUUGUAGAUGUCUAUGGGUUCCAGUAACCACUUAAUACCAGGUGGGCUGUGAGUUCGUCCACACAUCUAGGCAAUAAAAAAAGUAAAAAAAAAGUAAAUCAAAUAAAAAAGUUUUUUUUUUUUUAAUUAAAGUAUAUCAAAUUCAAAUCCUAAGGGACACACGGACGAUGUGUAUAGGGUUAUUUUAAAUUUUAAUAUUACAUGUUUUGGUUUUAUUCAAUUGAAUCUCUCCAACUACAAGAUCGCGAAUAUGAAAAUAGUAAAAACGAAAUCGUUUUACAAGAGACACAAAUUGACCUUAGAUACGUUGAACUCAAUCGUUUGUAACAGACAAAUGUCAAGUGCGUUUUGGCGCUAAAAUUAUUGUUUUGUCAUAAUUUGAAUACAUUCUCAGAUUAAUUCAUAUUUAGCUCGUAAGUAUUUAAGGUGCAUGUAUUCUAAAUAAAUAUCGGUUAUUUUAAUCUUAGGAAAUGCAGAAAUUUAUAGUAUUUUAAUUAUUCAUCGCAAUUAAAGUAUUACUGGAACAUUCCGUUAUCUAUAAAUAUAAUAUAGUAUGACCUGUGCUGGCUGGUAUCACUAUUCCAUUUUGGAAGCAAAGAGAUUAGGCAUUUCAAUAUUCAAAAUAAUGACAAACAAACAACAAUAGUUUCGGAAAUCCGUCGUUAUAUAAGUUAGAAAUUUAUGCUAUUCGUGUAUAUCAAAAUUUGUAUUAUUACUUAUUAGGGACAAUAUUUAAAAAGUAAAUAAAGCAAAAUCGAAGUUGUAACUGAUUUACGAUUUUUUUACUCGUUUUUUUUUUUGUGAACGAGCAAGAGGCACAGGAAUUAUGAAAUGGAAAUAUGUUUUAAUCGUAAUCUAAGUUUAAAAAUAUUUAAUUCAUGUUAAGUAAAAUUAUAAAUGUAUAAAGGGAGAACCAAAGCAGUAAUCAGUAUCCGUCCAGUUGUAGUUAAGUUACUUUUCUAUCUUUUCUUUCAAUCAGGGAUGUGUGUACAUGUAGAUUUUAUGAUCGUUAAUUAAAUAUUAAUACUUGAAGGUUUUCAAACCGAUAAAGCGUUAAAUAAAUAAAGAAAAACUAAAAUACGCUCCAAAUCUUGCAAGCGUGAAAGUAUUUCACGUCUCAUUUCCCCUUCGUUUUUCUGUUACAAGCUACCUAGUAUUGUAUGAAAUUAUGCGCUAGUGAUGAGCAAUGCUUUUCAAUUUAUCAUAACAACGAUUACUACGAAACUCCAUUUAUAAAACGAUUGUAGAAUUUUGCAGUACAUAACAUCUCUAGCAUACUUCUCUUACUACACUGAUAUGUUCUGAUUAAUUUUAGUAGUAGCUUUUAGGUUUAUCUUCAAAUAAAAUUUUCAUUUUUUCCUUAAUCUUAAUGUUAUUUAUUUAAUAUUUUUUGUUUAUUAAAAUUUAAUACGUUCUAAAAUGUAAUUCGUAUGUCGCAAUGGAAAGAUAACAUAAAAACGUAUUUUUUUGUUUCGUAAAUGUAAAAAUAACAAUAAAAACAUCAUCAUCGUUAUACUGUUAGUUUAUAGCUUGUAGGUUAAUAGAUAUAGUAUAACAUAUUACAUAAAAUAGCAUGUAGUUAAUUAAUAAAUAAUCAUUAUAGCAAUCAUAGAUCCGGCGCUAAUGUUACCUUAAAAAACCAUGUUUUCGAAAAUCAACGUGAAAACAUUUGAAAAUAAAUAACAGGUACUUCUGUAAUUGAACAGGACGCAUCGACUAAAAGCUCUGAAUCUAGGGCCGGUUUUUAUUUAAAUUGAAAAUGUCUCGCAAUUCCUUAUUUAUAAAACAGAUUUAUAACAUUAAAUUUUGUAUUGAAGAUUAAAACUUAUACUAUAUAAUAUGAUAACCGUUUAUACUUAUUUACCUACCAUGUAUAUUUUGUGUAAUCGAUUAAAUUUAAAUAAAAAUAUUAAAAAAAAGAA